CUCACGUGAGAUCUCUGUCACCCUUAGGUAGUUUUUAGAGGUAGCCUGGCUCCCUUAUUCCGAAUUCGUGUGGGUCUAGACAAAGUGCACAUUAUAAUCGCAAACCAGUCGAAAAGUGGUCGAAAAGCCUUUUUUAGUAUGGCGUUUUGACGGAUUCGAUUUUCGAUUCGAUCAAAAAGUGCAUUGAUUUGUCUAGAUCCACUGAAAUUAAGACACACCUAGAUAUUAUGUUUAAUAUUACUUAUCCAAAGGGUUGUCCUCACGCUCGCUCGUUAGGUAGGUAGAAAUGAGUUGAUGAUACGGGUCACAAGUGUAGUGAGUAAUAAUAUCUGUUAUCUCUAGAUAUCUUUGGAAUCAGAAUAAAAUAAAAAUCAUACCUAUAUUUAGCCAACAAGUCAAAAGACAUCAACGAGUUCUCAAUAAUGACCUAAUACAUACAGUUUUUUUAUAUCAAGAAAUAUCGUAAAGAACGUGAUACCCAAAGGAUUUUAAAUGAAUCUUUUACUGGCCAUUGGUUCUUUUUUCACACCCAGGCCCAUAGUGGCAAUUGAUUUUGUAUUAAUUAUGUAAUUUUCUUUUAAUAAGGUUACCAUUUAACUAAACUACUUCCAGCAUUGUAUAUUGUUUACAAUAUUUCUAAAACCCUUGUUUGACCUUUAAAUACCUAUAUUACAGUUAAGCAACGUACAAUGUCAUUAAAAUCCUCUCUCAAAUUCGGGGCCCUUAUUCUCCAAGGGGCAAUAAUUUAUCUUGAUAUAGUAUCUAAACUAUAAUACGGGACAACUUUUACUUAAUCAUAUUUCAGCUGGAUAACCCGUAGAUAAGAUAACUUGCAAGUUAAGAACUACCUACAAUGAAGUUUUGCUUUUAUGCUAUUAACUGCAUAAUGUUCUAUUAUGAACCUUGUAUAAAAUGUGCAAUGAACUAUUUUAUCUUAAAUAAACGUAAUAAUACUUGUGACAGAACUUUUGAUGCCAGGAUUAGCCGACUAAAAUGGUUCUUAUGUUUAGUCGGAUAAAACUCAGAAUAGAGGUAUUUGGUGUGGGUGUAUCUUUGCAUGGCCAUCCUACGGGAGUAUAUAAGGCGAGAUCCAGGUGAGUUCGCUCAUUAUCGUCCAGCUGGUGGGUGAUACAUGUCCUGGAUCAGAAGGCAGUGAUAUGAACACGGUGCGCUGCAGGGGCGUGACGGUAGUGCUGGUGUGCGCACUGGCCAUGGCGCUGGUGUCGGCGCAAAUCACGUUCAGCCGCGACUGGACGUGCGGCAAGCGCGCGGCGCCGAUGGCCAUCGACUGCGGCCAGUUCACCAGGCUCUGCCGGCAUUUCGUGGUUGCACGAGUUGAAGCAGGCCAUGUCGUCGGAGAGCAAGCGGCGCCGCGACGAGGAGCCCUCGCCCGCCUACGACGACGACAACUAGCCGACGACCUCAACUGAACUGAACAACUGCUGACAGCUCAUGAUGAUGAACCUUCACUUCACACUUCACAGAAAGGGUGGGAGGCAGAAUGUGCACUUUUUCAUAUUAAUUUAAAGCUGCAGUGCGCAUUUUGCGAAGUGCACAUUCUGCGACAAACUCGAUAGAAAACUUCUACUAACUGUUAUUUAAUAUUCUGUCUUGAUGAAAAACACGAUCAUUUUUAAUCCGUAGGAAAAAAACCCAUAUUUCGGCUGAUAGAGCCGUUCGUUCGUUUUUCGUUUUUUUUUUCCAACGACAUGCUGUGAACCGAUUUUAGUUCUUAAAGUGACUGCAGGGAGCGCUGUACAAUUUGUUGUUUUUUUAUUUUCAUUGUACUUUACGCCGUGUCUCGCUAGUGAACACUUAUAACUGGUAAUGCUCUAUGACGUAUAACUACAUUAUAUGGAUUACAUUCUAGUUUUAAAUCGAGACAGCGUAUGCGCAUAUAAGUAUGAAAUGAGCGGUAUAGGCUUCAUACUGACACCUUUAAAUCUGCUCAUGUACUUUCUUUUAAAACGCGAGCCUCGUUCUUGAAGAAAGCGUAAGUUCAAGAUUUGAAAACCCCAGAGUAAGAUUUAUUUCGGAAUGUAUUACAUCAGUAAUAUCAAAUCAUUGUAAAUACGCUGCAGCAGCAAAUUACA